CUUGGAACAAGAUGUUGUUCUUCAGGCCCCUUCCAAGCCAAACCAUUCAGGGACUCCAUCAUUCCAUGGUCUCCACUGUCCACUUCAGAUGGAGCCUGGGAACUGUGAUGUCACAGCCCACGCUCCAGCUGGAACGUCCAGAGCCCAGGAAAGGGCACAACACAACCGUUGUUCGUUGUGUUCGCAUGCUCUUCACCCUGCUCCUGCCCACUCUGCUUUUCACCUGCCCCCUGAUAACCCAUUCAGUCCUGAAAGGUCCUUAGUGCCUAGAUUUUGUCAGGAUGCUUCCCUUUGUUCUGGGGCAGGCUGUCCCAGACAGAGAGGAGGAGAUGGAGCUAGAUACAAAGAUUGAUACGGAGGAGGAGAUGGAAAUAGACGGAGAAGACCCUGGAGAGGAAGAGAUGGAUGUGGAUGUGGAGGAGGAAGAGGAGAUGGACGUGUAUGUGGAUGAGGAAGAAGAGAUGGAUGUGGAUAUGGAAGAGUCCAUUGAGGACAUGGAUAUUGAUUAAAAAGGUGAGGCAGAGGCCCUGAUCUUGGCAUGAAGACCAAUGCCAGCAGCCGGACAGGCAGAGUGGGUCUCCUGAUGCCAGGCUGGGGCUGGGCUGGGUGCUCCCUGCUCAGGGACAUUGUACCCAGGGCACUGGAUUCUGGUGGCCAUCCACAGCCUUUCCUGUGCCUGGUUUGCUCCACA